UAUGUAUAAAGUAUAAACACACCUGAAAACGUCCAACGAUCUCUUCAAUAUUAAUCCGUUCUUCUUCACCAACUAUACCUUUUUUUCCAAAACAUUAAGAUGAAACUUCUUCUUGGUCUCUUUCUUAGUUUUACUCUCUUGUUCCUUUGUCCGUUUGUAUCUCAAGCUGAUGUGCCGGAACUUAUCCGCGAGCCACCUCGCCCCAUCGUCUUCGUCCCUCAUGACCGCUCCAAAUCCGAUCCGCAACAGGUGCACGUAUCAUUGGCGGGUAAGGACCACAUGAGAGUAACAUUCAUAACAGAAGACAAGCAUGUGGAGUCUGUGGUGGAAUACGGUAAACAACCAGGAAAGUACGACGGAAAAGCCACCGGAGAAUGCACUUCUUACAAAUACUUCUUCUACAAAUCCGGCACAAUCCACCACGUCAAAAUCGGACCUCUCCAACCCAACACCACUUACUACUACCGUUGUGGUUGCAACGGUCCUGAAUUUUCUUUUAAGACUCCUCCUUCAACCUUUCCUGUCGAGUUCGCCAUCGUAGGCGACCUAGGCCAAACCGAAUGGACAGCAGCAACACUAGCUCAGAUAAAGAGUCAAGACUACGAUGUCUUUCUACUUCCUGGUGACCUCUCCUACGCUGACACUCACCAGCCACUUUGGGACUCAUUUGGUCGCCUGGUGGAGCCACUCGCUAGCCAUCGUCCUUGGAUGGUUACUGAAGGAAACCACGAGAUUGAAUUCUUCCCAAUCAUUGAACAUACAACCUUCAAGUCAUACAAUGCCCGGUGGCUCAUGCCUCACACCGAGAGCCUCUCUGACUCCAACCUCUACUACUCUUUUGACGUAGCCGGUGUACACACGGUUAUGCUCGGUUCUUACACCGACUUUGACUGUGAGUCUGAUCAGUACCAAUGGCUCAAGGCAGAUCUAGCAAAGGUUGACCGUAAAACGACGCCGUGGGUGGUGGUAUUGCUGCACGCCCCGUGGUACAAUACGAACGAGGCACAUAAAGGUGAAGGAGAGAGCAUGAGGGAAGCUAUGGAGUCUUUGCUCUUUGGUGCUCGAGUUGACGUAGUCUUUUCUGGCCAUGUUCAUGCCUACGAACGUUUCAAACGUGUAUAUAACAACAAGGCCGACCCAUGUGGCCCCAUAUACAUUACCAUCGGUGAUGGAGGCAACCGAGAAGGCCUUGCUUUAUCGUUUAAGAAGCCUCCUUCACCGUUAUCGGUAUUUCGAGAACCGAGUUUUGGACAUGGUAGAUUGAAGGUUAUGGACGGGAAACGAGCACAUUGGUCGUGGCAUAGAAACAAUGACUCGAACUCACUUCUUGCUGAUGAAGUCUGGCUUGAGAGUCUUAGCACUCUAUCGUCAUGUUGGCCUUCAAGUCCUACCAAUGAUGAGCUCUAAAUCACCAUAUAUACCAAAAAAAAA